GAUUGGUUUGUUUUUAUGAGUAUUUUGAACCUAAAAUACGAUGAAGAAAACACAAGUGUCGCCAUUUUUGAGUCUACAGCGGAGCAGCGGGGCGAGUUGCCUCUCCACGGUUCUCAUGUGUAUUAUAAGUCCCACCUCCUGUUCUCAGCACGAGAGGUUCAGAGCGAGAAAGACAAAUCGACAAUGGCAGAGGAAGCUCCAGCAGCAGCGCCGGCUAAAGCCCCGGCCAAAGCUCCAGCGAAAGCCGCCAAGAAGAAGGCCGCUCCCAAGAAGGACGGACCAAACAUUUCCAAGAUCAUCGUAGCGGCCGUGGCCGAGUCCAAGGAACGCAAGGGCGUGUCCCUGGCGGCGCUCAAGAAAGUUCUGGCCGCCAAAGGAGUGGAUGUGACGAAGGCCAACAAGAGGAUCAACACCGCCGUCACCAAGUUGGUGACCAAAGGGACCCUGAGUCAGACUAAAGGCACCGGUGCUUCCGGCUCCUUCAAGAUCGCCAAGAAGGAGCCCGCUGCGGCCAAGCCAGCCAAGAAGGUGGCGAAGAAAGCUCCCGCUAAGGCGAAGAAGCCCGCCGCCAAAAAAACCACCGCGGCCAAGAAGCCGGUAGCAAAGAAACCAGCUGCUAAGAAGUCCCCCAAGAAGGCUCCGGCUAAGAAGCCCGCGAAGAAGGUGGUUAAGAAAAGUCCGAAGAAGGUCGCAGCAAAGAAGCCAAAGGCUGCCAAAAAGCCUGCGGUAAAGAAAGCUGCUGCCAAGAAGCCCGCAGCCAAGAAGGCCAAGAAGUAAACGGCUCCUCCACCCUGCACUGUGUGCACCAAAGGCUCUUUUAAGAGCCACCACACACACAUAAAGGCAUCUUCCUUAAAUUACAGCAACAAAGUGUUAAGUCACACAA